CUGUAGACUCCUACACCUCCUCAUCAUGAACUUCAUCAGCGUGCUGUCCUGCCUCAGCCUGCUGCUAGCAGCUGCCGUCGCCCAAGAUCCAAAACCCUGUGUUUCUCCACCGCUGAUGAGUGGAGGCUUCUCUGUGAUGACUGGCAACGGCCUCAUGUCAACAGGAAUAAUCAGCUUAGAUGGAUUUGGUCAGAGGAUGCGGGUUAAAACCUAUGUGAUGAACGGGAAUCAGACCUCUGGUUUGGACCAGCUCAUGCUUUUCAACCAGAAAAUCUAUUAUGAGAUCAACUGGAGCAAAAUGUCAUGCAAGAAGAUGAUGCUGGAUACAGCCUUCGUUCCCAUGCAAGUGCCCUCUGAUGCUCAACUCAUGGGUCAGAUAUUCCUGGGCUCCUCCUCUUCCUGGGGAAUGGGUGUGCUAGUCAACACCUGGUAUGGAAACCUGCCAAACAACGGCAUGUAUUCCACUGUCUUCUCUGAGAUUGGCUGCAUCCCAAUUUUCUACAACGCCUACACACCAGCAUCUGGAUGGAACACCAUCAGCACCUUCAACUGGGUCUUGGGCAACACAAAUCCCAUGGAGUACAUCCCACCUUUCUUCUGUGCCAGGUCUAAACUGGAGGAGACAGAGACACCACAUACGUUCUUCACUGCCUUGGGGUCUCUGGCCAUGAAAACCAAGAACGAGGAGUAAAGAUGUAGAGCAUCUCACCAUGAAAAAUCAGCAAUACUGCUCCUAGAGCUAAACUUAUUCUAAAUGAUCCAGUAAUCAUCAAAGAAUGAUUACUGCAAAUUGUAUUGACAUGAUUUAAAAGGUUGCUUGAGCCUGCUCAGCUGCUUUAUAGCCACGUGUUGAACACCUAGUCAUAUGUCUAUUACACUCUACAUAUGUCCUCACUCAGAGAGAACUGAGUGAGGGAGACUUUUCAGAAUCAACUAAUGAAACUUGAUCUCCUCAAUAAAAUCUAUAAAAGCAUUGAAUGGUCCUGCAGUCUGUGGCGUUUGGAUGAAUGAAUGAAUACGUCUGCAGAAAUAACAGGAAAAACAACUACAACAUAGAACAUAAAGAACUA